CUCAGUGCAUUCUCCUCACUGAGAUGGGGGAAGUAAGACGUCAACUGCAGGAGCUCAUGGACCACUGCAUCAUCACAGAAUCUAAGAGCCCUUAUGCCUCUCCCAUUGUGAUUGUGCGGAAGAAGAACAGCCAACUCCGUAUGUGUAUUGAUUACCGGACUUUGAAUGCCCGGACCAUCACUGAUCAAUACACUGUGCCACGGGUGGAGGAGGCUUUGGACUGCUUAGUAGGGAGCAAAUAGUUUUCAGUACUAGACCUCCACAGUGGCUAUUACCAGAUACCUCUGCGGGAAGAGGACAAAGAGAAGACUGCUUUUAUUUACCCCUUGGGAUUCUAUCAGUUUGAACGAAUGCCCCAAGGGCUGUCCAGGGCUCCUGCCACCUUCCAGCAACUAAUGGAGAAGGUGGUUGGGGAUAUGCAUAUGACCCAAGUACUGGUUUAUUUAGAGGAUAUUAUUGUUUUUGGAAAGACCCUGGAGGAACAUGAAGAACAGCUACUCCUGGUACUUGAUUGGCUGGAAGCCGCUGGACUUAAAUUGGCCAUUGAUAAAUGUAAGUUCUGCCAGGCCUCUGUGAAGUGCAUAGGACAUAUUUUAUCACAGGAAAGGGUCAGCACUGAUCCGGAGAAAGUAAGUGCUGUGACCACCUGGCCUCGACCCAAGAACUUUAAGGAAUUGAAAAGGUUCCUGGAAUUUGCUGGUUUCUAUCGGCGAUUCAUUAAAGACUAUGCUACAAUAACCGGACCUUUAAAUGCCCUAACUCACGGACCCCAGGUGGGAAGGUCACCCCGCAAGAAGGAGCAAAACAAUGGCUUAAAUGGGCUUCCUGUGACACGAAGCCCCACAGAGCAUUUUGGCCCCCAGUGGGACUCACGGUGUGAAGAUGCCUUUCAGAAGGUGAUCCGGUGGUUGACUCAGGCACCUGUGCUGGCAUAUGCUGAUCCCAACCGCCCUUUUAUUUUGCACACAGGUGCUACCCUGUCAGGACUGGGGGCUGUACUGUACCAGGAACGUGAGGGACACCGGUGA